AUGGCGACUUUUCGGAGUGUCGAUGAUGGCUCGUUGGCGUGCACUUUUACCUUUCCUUCAAAACUGCAUAGAAAUUCCAAAUCAGUUUGCUGGAAAUAAAAACUUUUCAAGUUUGGGUAACUGACUGAUUUUACAAUAAAGCCGAAAGAUCCCGAGACACCAGCUUAAUUGAUUGUUGAUUUAGGUGAAGUUACGUUCGACGUGCCCCGACCGCCAGCGUAGCCCUUGUAGCGGCAAGGCAAACCAAAAUGGCGGGUCUGAAUGUGGAGAGUCUGAAGCGCAAAUUUCAAGCUCUGAACAACACGCAGGACAGCAUCCAGACACUCUCAUUGUGGAUAAUCCAUCAUAAGAACCACUACAGACAAAUAAUUGAAUUGUGGAUGGAACAUCUGAAGGAAGCCAAGGCUCCCAUGCGUCUGGUCCUCUUCUACUUGGCCAAUGACAUCAUACAAAACAGCAAGCGGAAAGGGGCUACGGUGUUCCUGGACAGCUUUGCCGAGGUCCUGGAAGAGGCUGCCACAUUCUCCAGAGAGGACGCCAUCCGAGAGAAAGUGUUGCGAAUCUUCAAGAUCUGGGGGGAGAGGAGCAUCUACUCGGUGGACUUUUGUGACAAGCUGCAGAAGGCAACAGUUUCCCAGAAGCCAGCCAAGGCCAAGCCAAGACCGGACACAAAGCUGCUUGUUGAUUUCAACCACGAAGAAGUGCCACAGGUGAUUGAGCAGCUGGCCAGGUUUGAGGGGGAGGUAGAACUGAAAUACAGACAGCUGAACAUGCUCAAUGUGGAUGUCGCGAGCACAGAAACCAUCAUGCAGCUGAAAGAUCGAGCUGGAGGGAAGCGUUUCUCCCAGCAGUUUGAGGAUUCAGCCAUCAAGCUUGAGGACUAUGUGAACUCACUCACUAAGGAGGUAGAGCUGAGGAGGAAACUGUUUGAUCUGCUUCAGAAGAGCGAAAUCUUCUAUGAAGCCCAGUUUGGGGAGGCUAAAAUAGUCGCAAAUGCAUACAAGAAUUUUGGCAUGCGAGUGGCAAGCCUCAAGAAGCGACUAGAGGAGCACAAGGCUUUGUUACCCGACUCCUUCAGCCCCAUUCCCUCUCCCACCAUGGACGCUCCUUCACCUGGAGCCACUCCUCCUAGAGAUCCCAACGCCGACAGCAUUGAAGUUGAGGACAUGGAGCUAUCGGAUGAAGAGGAAGAUCGGAAACGGGGCACUAUCAUUGCCGCACCACCUGUGGCCACGCGCCGGGUGUCUCGCAUCGCAGCGCUCCGCAGCAAGUUGCAGGCCACAACUUCGUCUUCAGCCAGCAUCAGUCACAUCAGCACAAUCACAGGUGCGGGAUCCCGUAGCGCUUUUAACCAGCCUCUCCCAAGUUACUCGCCAUUCUCGAGCGAGUCCCCGUCUGCUGACUACUCUCCUACUGAAGACUAUCCGCCGAUACCGACGGCAGGCGUGGCUCCGAGUUCCACCCUCAACUCCACCACCGCAACUGCCAAGAAGGAGGAAGGAGAUGAGAACUACGGCCAGAUCAAAGAUCGCCUCCUGCAGGUCAUGCACGAGACCCCCAAGCUGCCAUCCUCGGUGAACCUCUUUGAUUCGCCCAAGAGGUCGGAGUCCAAGAGCUCCUCCAGCAUACCCCCUGUGUCUAUCCCCUCCUACACCCCCUCUCCAAAGGCAUUCGACCAGCAGGUGAGCCCGAUCAUAACUGUACCCCCUGCUGUGCCAGCACCCGUGCCGCCCCCAGGCCCAGAGACAGAUGAGUACGACCCGUUUGCAAGCGAGUACCCUGCAGCGGCUCCUAAACCACAGCGGCAGUUUUACACCCCUGUGAACAACCUCCCUGCCCCUCCUGUGGCACCAUCUGAGGAACCACUGUCUCCGCCAGAUGAUGAUAUGUACGAUCCAGAGAUGGUCGACUACCUCUUGGAAAUGCCCCUGGAGAAGAAGAAGCCGCAGGCAUCAUGCAUCAUCCCUCUGGCUGGGGGAUUCCAUUCACCCACAACAAAGCCUGAAGUUCAAAAGGAAGUUGAUUCAGUCAGCUAUGGAGGUAGCAAGACCACGAGCGUCCCCUCUGGCAAGAACACAAGUCUCCCUUCAGCCCAGAGCAAAUCUAGCACGAAAUCGACCAACAGCAAUAAGCCUGGCGGGACUCCCCUUCGAGAUGAAUGCAGCACCCCACCCACCCAAGAAGACAGCCCAGUGCUGAAGGCAGCCACGAGCAACCCCAUCGAGUUCUUGACCAAGAUCAUCACCAGCUCCCGACAGUCCCCCAGUAGCAAAGCCCCAUCCUCUUCAUUCCUCAGCAGCCUGAGCUUAUUGACUCAAACUGUACAAAGUGCUGCUCAGAAGGAGAAGUCGGAACCUUUCUCAAAUGAUGCCCAGGGUGGUGAGUCAGCCGAUGGGGCAGCCUCUCCAGAGUCCCAGAAACCUCCGGGAGCGCCAGAAAGAACUAAUGCAAACCAACAAUCUAUGAAGCAACACAAUGCCAGUCCGUCAGGUCAGGCUGAUGUGCCAUUCACUAUCAGUGCUCUUGUCAGCAGUUUUAAAGAAGCACCGAAUUCUGUCCACCAGCCGACAUCCACAGCAGCAGCCACAAAUGCUGUUCCUGGGACAGUUCAGGGUCAGUUGAAAAAUACACUAGCCCCUUCCACCCUGGCAGGCUCAGUGACAGCAGUUUCAAAAGAACUUCAUGGUGCAACUGCGCCCAACUCGAAGCAGAACCAUGCCGGCACUGGCAGCCGGACUUCAAUGCCAUUUUCCAUCGGUGCGCUCGUCAGCAGUUUUCAAAGUGAAUCCAAACCCCCUCCUGCAACUCCUGUCUCCACUCCCUCCCCCGUUGGCAAAAGCACACCUUUCGGUCCGUCUGUUUAUCAGAAACCUAGCAAAGUACCCCUGUGUCAGAUGAUGAACACUCCAGGCCCCAUCACACCUGCUGUCUCGUUAGCUGUUGGAAGCACUGCAGUUUCAUCAGAAUCAUUAGAGAUGCUCCCAGCCACGUCAAGUAGAGAUGUUCCCAGCCACGUCACAUCAGUUGACGAUGCUGGUGCAGGCCAAUCAAAUUCUCUCAUGGCUCGAAUGAUGCACCACAGGACCAAAGGGCAGGCAGUAUUCAGUCCUCCCAUCACAUCAAAUGUUGUCCCUGGUCUUCAAUCCCAACCACAGCCUCCUAAUUUCCAGUCUAUUAUUUUGGAACCUCCACCACCACCACCGUUGCCACCCGAAGAGCCAGGAGUCAGCAGUGAAAGUAUACCACCACCGCCUCCAGAAGAGCACUUUGAGAAAGAACCAGCAAGGCCAGUGCCACCUGCAGGCCCCCCAACUCCCAGCGGUCCACCCCCUCCCCUAAGUAGUUUGCCCCCUCCCCCGAGUGGUCCGCCCCCACCCCCACCCCCUAGUGGUCCCCCACCUGCUCCAGCCCCAGUUAGUCAACCCCCACCCCCAAGUACUCAAUCUUCGUCCACCGGCGAUCCGCAUCUUCCACCAAGUGGACCCCCUAUGAGUGGUCCACUGCCAAGUGGCCCACUGCUGAGCAGUCUACCCCCAAGCGGUCCUGCUCUGCCCCCAAGUGGCCCUCCUCCAAAUUUUAGUUUGGAAGAGGGCCACUUGCACUUGAAUUUGCCACCAAAUUCAAAUGCACCCCCUCUCCAUCCCCAAGGUGGUCAACCUCCCCCACCCCCAGUUCCACAGCUGACUCCUGUUAGGCCGCCCCAGUUUCCUGGUGAAGUCCCACCUCACCAACGUAAUCCAGCACCCUUGACUGGACCUUCAACCCCUGUGUCUUCUCCCUCACCCACCACCAGAAAUGCGGUCCCUAGAAUGUCAGUUCGUGUACCACCCCCUCCGCCUGGCCCCCCACCCCCAAAUGCCAAGCGUGCUGUGAGCUCAUUAAGCCAGACGAGCACAGGACACCCAAUGCCCACACCUCGCGAGUUGCAACCUGGCGAUACUCCCGGAGAGCCUGCUGUGGAUGCCCCAGCAUCUGUUCAUACUGAGCAAAAGACACCUCCACCAGUCUCUCCUGUGGAACCCGUUACUUCUGAACAGAAGCAACCUGCAGAGCCUCCGCAACCCACAUCGCCCAUACCUGUGCUGGGCUCAGCUGAAGCAAGGGAAAGGAGCAUUCCUGUCUUGGGUCAGUCUGCGAAGGAGAUGUGGGAAAAACCACACUACCCGCCACGAUCACAAGGGGUAGCCGGCCGUUUUACAGAAUUUCAGGCAUGCCCCACAGAAAAGAUUGACUAUGGCCACAGCAGGCCCAUUGAGACCCUGGAACGGAAACGAAUGACGUACCAGGAAAGGUUUCGUGAGGACAAAGGUCAGAGUGACGCAUUCAGGAGAUCAGGGCAGCCCUAUGACUCUGUAAGAGACAGAUAUUCCGCAUUUCCUCACAGCAAUUCUAGCCGAGACGGAGGGUUCGGUCGGGGAAGAAGGUACAGUGACUCAGACCGUGGGUACAGGCAUGACUACAACUACAACCCGGACCGUGGACAGGAUUACAGCCAAGGACCCCCAACAGACUUCUCUCAGGGUCUCAAUCGUGGCGGGCAGCAGGGCCCUGGUGCGGGCCACAGGCAGCACUUCAACCCCCCCGGGGGCCAGGAGGGGCCACCAGACACGAGCGGGCUGUACGACCAGUCCCACUUCCGGAACACCAAGCAGCUGAUUGAGAAGGAACUCAGUGCGCUGACGGGUGACCUGCAACCAAGAGGGGCACCGAUCUCCACUCUAGAGGGCCGGCCGGAGAGGGAAAGGCACCCAACUGAUUAUGGAAGCCAGAGGAGGGAAGAAGCCCAUUUUUGGAGAGGACCCAACAAGCGCCCCGCACCACCUACGUGGGGACCACCACCUUCUCACUACAGAUACUGAACAUUGUACAGGAAGCAAUUUCAUUUUAUCCACUUUUAAAAAACAUGUAUGUUCAGUUUGUAUUAUUUUUUCUGGAAAAUACAGUUAGCUAUCAUUUAAGAGAGGUCAGUACAAACAAAUGAUCGCAAAAUCAGUAAUUGUGAAAUAGUUAUUUUCCUUAAUAUUUAAAUUGUUGGUGGCACAAGCUGCCGAGGGUCAACUGAUUUAAAGAAUUUUUUUCUCUCACCAAACACUGAUAUUUUUAUAUUUGGUGGUACUUGAUGUUACCAAGCAUUGCUCUAGAGUUUUUAUGUGGAAGGGAAAUUCUCGUUUUUCUAAUUCUGUUUCAGUAAACACUGGCUCCAAACGUUGCUUUGGAAACUCGCUUGAUCAUAUCAAAAAGAUUGCUGUAAAUUGUAUAACUUCUUGUUAUACAUUUCUAACUGCAGAUUUUCACAGAAGAAUGUGAGCUGUGUAUACUAGUGUUCAUGCUUUCAAGUUACAGCAUUUAUACGUGAACUUAUUAAGACCAUGCAUCCACUGCUCUGGCAGAGUUCAUUUUCGUCAAGACAGCCUGGACCCCUCGCCUCACAUAAUAAGAAAGGACGUUUUCCUAUUCCAUGACCAUCUAAAGUUGAAAUUGAACAUGCAUCAAAUGUAGAAAGACAGACCUAGUAUUCAAGUGUUAUCGAAUUUUAUAGUUGAAUGAUUCAUUUUGACAACAUGUUAUCACUUAAAAAAGCUGGGUGUCACUCAAACAGAAAACAUGGAUUUCAGUAAAUGUUUAAUUAAAAGGUAAGUCAUUGACAAAUGGAACGCCAUAAA